AUGGGAGCCGCGGGGUCUGUCGGUGUCGUCGACCCCGCAGUCCUGCGAAAAGAGUAUGAGGCUAUGGCGGCGAAGGAAGUCGGGGACGAGGAACUCCUUAACCACAUGAAGAAGCUCAUUAUCUCUCCGCAAUCAGGCCAGAGGCGUGCUUCAAACGCUCGUCGCUCGAGCGUAGACAGCGACCGACCCCUGUCGGCGCCCCAGACAAAGCCGCCGGUCCCUAAGCAGCGGCCUCGUAGCUCGCUCGGGGAGGAGAACGACGGAAGCGGCAAGCCGACCAAGUCUAGGAGAAGAUCAUACCUCGGGCAGCCGGGUGGGGAUGCCGUGGGCGCCGCUGCGGCGGUUGCAGUCGAUGCGUCGGCUGCUGUUGACGGUGCUGCGCCAGCUCAGGACGAGCCAGCAAAGGACGAGCCAGCUCAAGACGUCCAGGAUAUCAAGACAGACAGCUGGGAAUCGGUCUCGCAACAGCCUUCGUGCCCACUCUGCCACAUGGUUUUCUCGACGGAAGGAAAGAGGGACCAGCAUAUUAAGUACUCCCCGGCGCACGCUCCCCCCGCAGAGGGUUCAAAUCCCCCGCCCGAGCCCACCAUGGACAGCAUAACAAUCUAUUCCGGCUCGAAGCUAUUCUGGCGCACUAGGCUGAACGUGGAGAUGUUCAUGCAGCAGCACAAAACGGCCAACAACGUUGUGUGGGUGUCCUGGAGUGCAGUGGUGGCGAAACUUGACGCCAAGGAGAUGAAGAAUGAGAUGGACGCGGCGGAGAGGGCGUUCCACAACCUUGGCAUGAAACCGACGCCCGAGAACGUGCAGGCGGAGGCCACGCGGAAGGCCGCAGUGUCCUUCAUCAUCAAGAGAAUACAGGUGGAUCGGGAAGAUAGUCCCGAGGAGGCCGGGGGGCCCGCGGUGUCUCACAAGGUGUCCAUGCUGCAGAUGGCCGCGGACGAGGACGGGAUGCAGCUGCUCAUGGAAAAGCCGGAGGGUGUCAACGACACCUUCAGCCGAGCGAUGUCGAAGCGGGCUUCAAUCCAAGAGGUCGCCGAGGUGAUGGCGAGCUUGAGGAAGAGCCUGGGAGAUGUUAAUACGGCCGCCCAGGCGGCUGCGGCCAGUCUAGACGGGGCAACGGGUACUGUGGAGCAGACGGUCACCAUGAUCCAAGAGAACGACAUCCUGCAAGGGUGUGUUGACGUGGGUUUCUCAAGCUCGUUCUUCUAG